AUGGCAGCUAAAUUCCCCGCUGUCGCUUCCGAGUUGCAGCACAGCACCUGGAUCAGACCAGCUCACAGCACGCUUGAGCUUGCAGCUGCUCUUCCGUCCACCGCCGCAUCACACGUUGACUUUUGCUUCACUGCAUUGUUUGUGGCCAAGUUCCAGAACAGCGAUUACGUUCAGAACGGCUACCAACAAGACAAGACGGCCAUGUCGCUGACGGUCACUGCACCCAAAGAUGGGAAAAUCCCGCUCAGUAACCAUCAUGACGAUAACGACAGCUACUACAAUCUCGGCACCUACCAGCGCCCCAUCACCACAUCCAGCCCGGCCACCCAGACUUGGUUCAACCGAGGCCUUGUCUGGUGCUACGGCUUCAACCACGAAGAAGCAGCUAAUUGCUUUCAACGCGCCAUCGAUCAUGAUUCUGCCUGUGCCAUUGCAUACUGGGGCCUGGCGUAUGCUCUGGGCCCCAACUACAACAAACCAUGGGAUCUUUUCAGCUCGCCCGAGCUCUCAGCAACGGCUGAGCGUACCCACAGAGCUGUUGAGCAGGCCAGGCAUCUUGCUGCCAACAACACCGACAACAUGGACAACACCGACAACCCCAUUACACCCGCGGAAAAGGCUCUCAUUGACGCCAUCCGCUUCCGUUACCCUCGGAAAGAUGCACCCGAGCAGCCCGAUUUUUGCAUCUGGAAUCGCGAGUAUGCUGACGCCAUGAGCUCCGUAGCCGCACAGUUCCCAAACGAUUUGGAUGUAGCUGCCCUCUAUGCCGAUGCCAUGAUGAACCUGACCCCCUGGCAGCUGUGGGACAUUAAGACUGGAGAGCCGGCCAAGGGAGCACGUACAGUAGAGAUAAAGCGUGUCUUGGACAAGGCUCUCGCUCAAGAAGGAGGGGAUCAGCAUCCUGGAUUGCUCCAUCUAUACAUCCAUCUCAUGGAGAUGUCGCAGACUCCAGAAGCUGGCAUGCCCGCAGCCGACAAACUACGUGGACUGGUGCCAGACUCUGGCCAUCUCAACCACAUGCCCAGCCACCUCGACAUUCUCGUAGGCGACUACGCGCGUGCCGUCGCUGCCAACACGGAAGCCAUCACAGCUGACGAGAAAUUUCUCAAACGAGAAGGCCCCAUGAACUUUUACACCCUCUACCGCAGCCACGACUACCACUUUCGCCUCUACAGCGCCAUGUUCUCCGGCCAAUCCAAGGUAGCCUUCGAAACCGUCGACUUGCUCGAGGCCAGCGUCUCGGAUGAGCUGUUGCGCGUCGAGCAGCCGCCCAUGGCAGACUGGCUGGAGGCCUUUCUCGCAAUGCGUGUGCAUGCUCUCAUCCGCUUCGGGAGAUGGAAGGACGUGCUCGACCUGAAGCUACCCCAAGACCGGGACCUGUACUGCGUCACCACCGCGCUCUUGCACUACGCCAAGGGUGUAGCUUUCGCGGCGCUGAAUCGCGUCGAGGAGGCGAAUCGCCAUCGCCAGCUGUUCCGGGAGGCUGUUCCGCAUGUCAAGCCUUCGAGGACUCUCUUCAACAACAAGUGUGUGGACAUUCUAGAUGUAGCCGAGGCCCUUUUGAAUGGCGAAAUUGAGUAUCGGACGGGCAAUUACGAAACGGCUUUCGGACACCUGCGCGAAGCCAUUCUCCGAUACGAUUGGCUGCCAUUCGACGAACCCUGGGGCUGGAUGCAGCCGGUCCGACACGCCUACGGCGCGCUGCUUCUGGAACAAGGCCACGCCGAAGAGGCUCUGUCGAUAUACCGCGCCGACCUGGGAAUCGACGACUCCCUCCCCAGGGUGCACCGACAUCCGAACAAUGUGUGGGCCCUGCACGGCUACCACGAGUGUUUGGUUAAACUGGGCAGGACGGCCGAAGCCAAGGAGAUGGAGCCUCAGCUGAAGAGGGCGCUAAAGGUAGCCGACGUGCCUGUUCGAUCCUCUUGUUUCUGCAGGAUGUCCUCGGCGGCCAAGAUUUGA